CAGUGUCAAUAGCGGUCUAUGCUGAUCAUGCAGAAAUAACGCCCAUCCCGUUAACAUUCUGCAACUUUUUGCAUGUUGUUUUAAUGCUUUAAUGGCUUAGUUUUCGCGCAUUUUCUCUCAUUUCUCUGGACAUUGGUUAAAUAAAUAUAUGUGUCGAGAUCGGAAUUCAUGAAACUAAGUUAUAUGAAAUGGGUUUGACGUACUCCACCCAACUAAAAAUCCCAAACCUCGAGGAGUUAAUGCAAGAAACUGGCUUCUCCUCUGCUCACAUUAUUCGUUUGCAUGACCGCUUCAAAUAUCUGGAUAAAGAGAAGAAAGGUCACCUCUGUCCUCAGGAUUUUGGAGAUAUAAAAGGACUGGCAAUGAACCCCAUUGGAGACAGAAUAAUAGAUGCUUUCUUUCCCCCGGGGAGGGAAACCGUGGAUUUCCAGACUUUUGUGAGGAUUCUCGCCCAUUUCCGACCUGUGGACAAGAACCGACCCAAAGAGCUCAAUUCUUCUGAACCCAUCAAUAGCAGGAUCAACAAACUUAAAUUUGUCUUUCAGAUGUAUGACCUGGAUAAGGAUGGCAAGAUUUCCAGACAUGAUCUUUUAAAGGUUCUCCGGGGCAUGCUGGAGAUGCAGGUGACAGACGAGCAACUGGACAGCAUAGCCGAGCGCACUAUACAGGAAGCGGAUUUAGACGGAGAUGGCACCAUAUCUUUUGAGGAAUUUCGCAAGUCGCUGGAGAAAGUCAACAUUGAUCACAAGAUGAGCAUUCGCUUCUUGCGCUAAACCAUCGUGGGAUAGCUUCUCCAGACUCUAAUUCAUCUCGAUGUUUAUGGAAAUGCAGGGAAAAUCCUUACAGCACAAUACUGGAAAUAAUGGAAUUGAUAAUUUAAUGCACUGCUAAUCUCUGCAUGACCACACACUGACAAAUGUAUUAUAUUGUUACAUUCUGUGUCUUAAUAUUGUCCAUUUUACUAAAUUGCACUGUUUUUAUUUAUUUUUUUAAAUAUAUAUUUUAAUUGCAGCAGGUUAUUUUUGGAAAAAAGGGGAAAGACGUAAUGAUGUUACAUACCGUCCAGUGUUAUGUCAGGCAGCAUGUGAAAAAUGUCAUUUUGUUUAAAGUGUGGUGAUCACAUGAUAAGAUUUCUUGCAUUACUGUCAAGCUUAAGUCGUGGGUGUGCAGUAGUGAUGAGUGAAAAUGACAGAAACUGGAAUUUUAUCGUUUAAAUCUGGAUCUAUUUAGGGUGUUGUUCAUUUAAUGUUGAUUAUGUAAUAGUUUUUUUUAGAAAAACAAAAUCUCACAAUACAGUACUUUUGCAUGCUCUAAAAACAGGCUCUAGGACGCCUCAAAGUCAUCUUGUAUUAAAUGCUAACUGACUCAAUAUAUAAAUAUAUUUUAAAAAUGUGAAA